AUACAAUAAAAUAUGUUCUUUACUUUCAUUUGAAUUACAGAAUGUCUUUGUUUGAAUGGAUGAAAUGGUCAAGGAAUGAAUCUCACAGUCCCAUCCAAAAACUAAGAUCGGAAAAGGCAACUGAACCUCUGAUGAUGGAAUUAGCAUUGCAAAUAAAAGAAUGUCAAAGAUUGGCCAACAUGUCAACAGAUGAACAGAAAAUCCAGGAAACUGGCAAAAUUUGUAACUGGGUGAAAAACUCUCAGAGUCUGAAACCAUGCACUUCACCUGAAGAACAAAGUCAGCUACAACUUCUGUGUUCCAAAAUUCACCCAAUGGAUACUGAGAUUGUGCUGUACAAGAUUCGAGAAGUUUGGGCAGAUGCUGAGCCUGUACCUCAGCAAAUCAUCAAUAUUUUUAAGCAAGUUCUGCAGGAAUUUAUUGACACUGCUGAAGAGGACGAGCGUCAAAGAACAGUCAUUCAACAAUGGAUUAAAAAACACAUGUUAACAUUUAGACUAUCGAGUAAAAGUUCCAACCGGAUUUCAGAAAACAAAGAAGAGAUCCCAACUAUUUCCAGUUAUGUUGAUAAAAGUCUGCACAAUGUGUAUCCAACUGCAGUGCAAAAAAUUUGGAAUCUUCCACAAUACUAUCCUUCCGCUAAUGCUUACAAUGAAUAAUAAUAGUUUGGCAAUGCAAUAGUGCAGUGGAACACCAAUUCACCAGCAUCAAAAGUCUGAUUUCACCCCAGUACAGUGAUUCAUCUGAAUAUCAGCAAUUCUGUUGGGAAGUGACCCUGAACAGAGAUAAGGCACCUCUUGACCCAAUGAAGAAUACUUUCCAAGCUGCUGCCAUUCAUUUUCAGUGACCAGCUUCAGGGUGGCAUUGGCAGAUGUCUAGAAGCACCUCAUCUAUACGGACAACCACAAGAGGUGACUGCUCCACUGAGACUUUCACAAGGGGAAAGGGAACAGGAUUUUUUGUCUACAAAUAAGUAAUAAUAUGUAGUAUGUAAUUUAUCAGUAAUGGAGAA